CGACCCGUUUACCCAUUUUCAGCUAAGUUCAGCUAUCUUCCUCGAAAACCCAGCUGAAAAAAACCAAAAAAAGAACCAAUUUUCUUCUUUCUGACCCGACCCGUUUACCCAUUUUCAGCCAUGGUUCGCCAUCAAGAACUCACCUGAAAACCCCAAAAAUCCCAUUUUUCCUCCGACCCAUUUACCUAUUUCACCAAUAAACCCGACCCGUUUACCCAUUUUCCUCCACGUUAACCCAUCUUACACUACUUCAAGAACCCAUCUGAAACUCAAAAUUCCCAACUUUUACCUCCAACCCAUUUCCCCAUUUCACAAAUAAACCCGACCCAUUUACCCAUUUUAUCGACCCGACCCGUUUUCAUCAACAUGUACAAGAACCAGUUACAAGAAUUAGCACAAAGGAGUUGUUUCAAUUUACCUUCUUACAUAUGCAUCCGAGAAGGUCCCGACCACGCGCCGAGGUUUAAAGCCGUCGUUAACUUUAACGGCGAGAAUUUCGAAAGCCCGAAUUACUGUUCAACACUCCGUCAAGCUGAACAUGCUGCUGCUGAAGUUGCACUUAACGCUUUAUCUAAUCGUGGACCUUCUCAUUCUCUUGCUGCUCGUAUACUCGAUGAAACGGGUGUCUAUAAAAAUCUCUUACAGGAGAUAGCGCAAAGAGUCGGAGCUCCUUUGCCUCAGUACACAACGUAUAGGUCGGGACUUGGACACCAACCUGUCUUUACCGGAACAGUAGAAUUGGCUGCAAUCACGUUUACUGGUGAACCUGCCAAGAACAAAAAACAAGCUGAGAAGAACGCUGCAUUGGCAGCUUGGUCGUCGUUGAAACAAUUGGCACAGCAAGAUGCAAGUUUAUCAUCUGAACCGGAGAACAACGAUGAGCAGGAACAGAUCAAAAUAGCAAGAGCUUUACUGAACUACCGUUUGAAGGAAAAGUUAGAAAUGGCCAAAUUUGGCAAUGUGUCGAUACCCUUCCAGAAGAAGUUCCCUAUUCCAUCUCCUCGACCAUCAAGUCCACAGCGUCCUGCAGCUACGACAUCCAAAAUCCUCCCCUUAAUCUGCCCGAAACCAGUUAGUCGUUACAGAUCGUCCUCCAUGACAUCACAGCCUCAGCCUCAGCCUCAGCCACAGUCACAGGCGUCAUCGUCAGAAGGCCACACAGUUUGCACCCCAAAAUCUCCUGCUCCCGGGGCAGCUCCAUAUAUGCCUGUUAGACAGUAUAAUAGGACACCAUACCGUGGUAUUGCUCCGCCCGUUACAAUAAGAACAGCAGUGCCAGUUUUCUCUGCACCACCUCGUCCACAACCUACCGGAUGCCCCGCUCAAAUGUUGCUGGCCAGACCAGUUCGAGUUGCACCACCUGUCUGUAUUAGGCAAGCUAUCCCAGUAUUUGCCGCUCCACCAGUUAAAAAGGAAGCUGCGGCACAUGCUGCUGCUACCCCAAGCAGGCCAUUAGCACUGCCCGAGGAAACUGUGGCACGAGCUACAACUGCGCCAAGUAGGCCAUUAGCUCAGCCCGAGGAAACUGGGAACAAUGCUGGCACCGAGGUUGAUGAAUCAACGGCGAUGAAGUGCUUGGAAGAGCUCAGUUUAUGACAGUCUAUGUCAGAACAUUUUUGUUGUCUACUUUUAGUGCUUGGUGCUUGAACAAACAACAGAAAAUGAUAGUGACUGGGACAUAGUUAAUAUAUUGAUAUCUAUGUUUAACAUUUCUAUAUCUACUAGUAUAAUUUUUGUUUUUGUUUGA